AUGUUGACCAAAGAGAGCGACCACACGGUCGAGCCUGAAAUCGACGAGAAGAUCCCAGCGCCACUCGCGGAUGCCAUCAGAGCGGGAUCCGUACCCGAAAAGAUACUCGAGCACUCACACGACGCGGACGAGGCGUUGAAGGCGUUUCAGGGCCAUGAGGGGGAAGUCAUCACCAUUGAUGAGGCGACGAACAAGAGAUUGCUGCGACGCAUUGACUGGAACCUCAUGCCGGUGAUGUGCAUUGUCUAUGGCUUGAAUUAUCUGGAUAAGACGACGCUGUCGUAUGCUUCCAUUAUGGGGCUGAAGACGGACUUGAAUCUUAAGGAUGAUGACUAUCAAUGGUUGGGAUCUAUGUUCUACUUCGGCUACCUGGCUUGGGAGUAUCCAACGAAUCGACUGCUUCAAUGGCUCCCGAUCGGCAAAUACAGCGCAGUCUGCAUCAUCAUCUGGGGCGCUGUCCUGGCCUGCUUCGCCGCCGUGGAGAACUUCGCUGGCGCUGUAGCCAUCCGCUUCUUCCUAGGACUUGCAGAAGCAGCAGUGACACCUGGUUUCGCAUUCAUAACCUCCCAAUGGUAUACCACGGCCGAACAAGGCAUGCGUGUGAAUCUCUGGUUCUGCUGGAAUGGCGUGGCUCAGGUCGUUGGAGGUGUAGUUGCGUAUGGCAUUGCAGUCGGAACGGAGAAGCAUCCCACUUCGCUCGAGGGAUGGCAGAUCUUGUUCCUUGCUAUUGGGCUCUUCACCUCCGCGGUCGGUGUUGUGUUCCUAUUCAUCGUACCGGAUAAUCAGCUCAAUGCACGCUGGCUGAAGAAAGAGGACCGAAUACUGGCUUUGGAACGAAUCCGUAUCAACCAGCAGGGCGUGGGAAACAAACACUUCAAGAUGUAUCAGCUCAAGGAGGCGCUCACAGACCCCAUCACCUGGGCCUUCGUCCUCUACGCUCUAGUCGUAGACAUCCCCAACGGCGGCAUCUCCAACUUCUUCUCCCAACUCAUCACCUCCUUCGGCUACACGCCCAACCAAUCCCUCCUCUACGGCACCCCCGGCGGCGCCGUCGAAGUCAUCACGCUCCUCUUCUGCGGCUACUUCGGCGACCGCUGGCGCAACCGCAUCCUCGUCUCCUCCUCCGGCCUCGUCCUCUCCAUCAUCGGCAUGUCCCUCAUCGUCGGCUUGCCCCUGAACAACAACAACGGCCGUCUCGCCGGCUACUACCUCACGCAAGCGAGCGCGUGUCCGUUCGUGUGCUUCCUCAGCUUGAUCUCGAGUAAUAUCGCGGGGUAUACCAAGAAAACUACGGUCGCGGCGCUGUAUCUUAUCGCUUACUGCGUGGGAAAUAUCAUCGGCCCACAAACUUUCCGCCCCAAAGACGAGCCCCGCUACGUCCCCGCCGAAAUCACCAUCAUCGUCUGCUGGGGCGUCGGGCUGUGCAUCAUGCUCUUCAUCUAUAUCUGGUGUCGGAGGGAGAAUGCCAAAAAGGCGAGGGUCCGGGCCACGGAAGGUUACGUGAAACUGGAGGAUCAAGAGUUCCUCGAUUUGACGGAUCGGGAGAAUAUGGAGUUUGUGUAUACUUUGUGA